CCACAUUGCAAAGGUUUGUCGUAGCACAAGGCGAGGAACAAAGCAAGCAGAGUUGCCACAGCGACGCGAAACCGGAAGUCGAGGGAAACGUGAACAGGAUACAGAAGUAAAAAUGGUCAAUGCACAGGUGCCCAAGAGGAAGAAUAUUCGCUGUACAAUAUUCGAGAGAAAACAUAAGACAAAUCGAUUUCAACUGAUGUAGAACUUGAAGGCCAGCCAAUCAAAAUGGAAUUAGACAUUGGAGCUACUAAGACAAUCAUAAGUGAAGAAACAUACAACAAACUAUGUAAGAAUUUGACACCACUUCGCAAGACAACAGUCGUUCUUAGCACCUAUACCGGAGAGAGAAUUCCAGUAGCGGGCGAAGUAAUGGUUCCAGUACGGUAUGAAAACCAACAGCAUAACCUACUCGCACUUGUGGUCAAAGGUCAAGGUCCAAAUCUGUUGGGCCGACAUUGGUUGCGUGUAAUCAAAAUGAACUGGGCCUUAAUAUUCCAAAUAAAUUAAUGUCAUCCUUGCAGUGAAUUGAAGGAAGUUCUUGAAACCCACAAAGAGGUUUUUACCGAAGAAUUAAGUACUUUGGAAGGAACAACAGCAAAAAUCUAUGCAAAUCAAGAUGCACAACCCAAAUUUGUGAAGGCUAGGCCAGUUCCUUUUGCCAUGAAAAUUCCACUGGAACAAGAAUUAGAGAGACUACAGCGAGAGGGAAUCAUAUCUCCAGCUGAAUUUUCAGAUUGGGCUUCGCCAAUAGUGACAGUAGCCAAACCAGAUGGAUCGGUCCGCGUAUGUGGUGAUUACAAAGCAACAAUUAACCAAGCUUCGAAACUAGACAACUACCCAAUACCGAAGACGGAAGAUCUACUUACAACCCUUAGUGGAAGCCAAAAAUUCACUAAGUUGGAUAUGUCACAGGCCUACCAACAGUUGCGGCUAGACGAGGAGUCCAAGAAGUACACCAUAAUUAACACUCAUAAGGGACUAUACCAAUAUAAUCGCUUACCUUUUGGCAUAUCCUCGGCCCCAGGUAUAUUCCAGCGGACACUAGAGAACUUACUUCAAGGUAUUCCAAGUGUCAUUGUGCGAGUAGAUGAUAUUCUGGUAGGCGGUAAAGACGAUGCAGAUCACCUAUCCAAUUUGAAUGCAGUGUUGACGCGACUGUCUGGAGCGGGCCUAAGAUUGAAGAAGAUCAAAUGUUGUUUCAUGGCAUCAGACGUGACACAUUGUGGCUAUGGAAUAAACGAGAACGGAAUCCAUCCGGUGGUCGAAAAAGUCGAAGCCAUCACGAAAGCAUCAGAGCCAGAGAACCAUAGAUAUCUUAUAUACACUAGAUAGCGCAUCUCAUUUAGUAAAAUUGAAGCCAAGAAUAUUCCAGCGGUUACCCCCAUUUGAAUAGAUGGCGGCCAUGUUGGUCGUUCCCACUUGCUAAUAAACGCUUAAAAACAACAAUAACUUUCAUUAUUUGAAUAGUUUGAAAAUGUAUUUGGAAUAGGGGUAACUUAAUGUUUAAGUUCCCUGUUUAAGAAAUAGAAAACAUACGAAUCUUCUCAUUUCAUGGGAACGACCUGAGACUGCAAUCACGGCUUCAAUUUUUGAAUUGGAGAAUAAUUAGAUGCACUAUCUAGUGUAUAUAAGAGAUCUAUGCAGAGAACAUUAACCAAUUACGAUCAUUUCUUGGAAUGCUAAACUACUAUCACAGAUUCUUAUACCAAAUGUGGCAACGAUCCUAGAGCCACUACACAGACUACUACGACAGGGAACCAAGUGGAAGUAGGGAGAAGAGCAGAAGGCGGCAUUUCACUAUGCAAAAGAGCUCCUACAGUCAGCUGACUUACUCAUGACUUACUUAGCGACUGAUGCAUCGAAUUACGGAGUUGGGGCCGUUUUGUCACAUGUAUUUCCUGAUGGGACAGAAAAUCCGAUAGCGUAUGCCUCAAGGUCUUUAAACGCAGCUGAGAGAAAUUAUUCGACAAUCGAAAAGGAAGCAUUGGCCACGAUUUUCGGCGUUAAGAAGUUUCACAAAUUUCUUUACAGACAUUCAUUUACCAUCAAAACAGACCAUAAGCCAUUAGAAGGGUUACUCAGCGACAAAAAAGGAGUCCCCACUCAGGCAGCACCACGAAUUCAACGAUGGGCCCUCACACUAGCAACAUACGAGUACAAGAUACAAUAUAAAGCCGGGAAAAACAAUGGGAACGCAGAUGCAUUGAGUAGACUACCCCUACCAAAGAUGCCACUGUCAACGCCACAGCCAGGUGAAACAAUCCUCCUGAUGGAACAUUUGGAGAAACACCAGUCAACAGCAAUCAGAUAA